UACGCGCUGUGCCUCCGUUCAGUUGCUGAACGAGGAAGCAGGGAAAGAGAAGUGAUAUUGAAAGGAAGGGAAAAAGUUACGCGUGGAAAUAUGACAAGGCGGAAGCAAGGAGCGAGUGUGCCAAGAGUGACGAGAAACAACAGGUGACUGGAAACAAACACUUGCAUGUCUCGAUCCAUCAGCAGAGUCAGUGGGACGUUUGGAUCACGAGGACGUGGGAAGGGAAGGACAGCAACCGAGACACGAUCAUCUGCUCUUCUGUCACUAAUGUUCCUCUGAGACCGACCGUCCUCCUCAACACCUCCACCUGCUUCAUCUGCUGAGACUCUUCCACCCACUGGUGUAGAGGACGCUGCUGUACAGAACCCUAUUCUGAAACACUUCUGGCUGAACCUCCACUACUUUCAAAAGCCUCGAGUUGAAAUUACACGGAUUUUAAAAGGUUUUAUGUUUUUCGUGACAGAAUGACAAGAUUUCAACAUUAAUAACAGCAGAAACACUCGUGAGAAUCCGGCUGAUCAUCUCUGUGGCCUUUGAAAACAGUCGUGGUGAGAGAGUAGAGUUUCAUUAUACGGUUCAUAGUGUCACUCUCCCUCACUGUCUCUCCAUGCUGGGUGGCGGUGCCGUGGCCUCGUCCCUGCAGCGGCUGUUCCUAUAGUCCUCGUCCUCUUCGUCUUCGUGUUGUCGCCGGGCCAGCGCCACUCAUGAGGUGACGACACUCAACGUCCCGAAGAUGGAUCGGGUGGUGCUCCCUCCGUGCCUUCUUCUCCUGCUGCUGCUGCUCCACGGAUGCCCGGGAACCAGCAGCGCCGUGCACGUGUACGAGUUUCAACCGAAGGGGCAGCAGUCAGACAGCUACUUACUAUACUCCAAGAACCUCACCUUGCCGCCGCUGGAUGCCCUCACCUUCUGCGUCAGGCUCAGGUUCUACUUUCUGUGGGAGGUGUCCGGCUUCCUGCAGGUGUCCGACGACUCCUCCGGUAACCUUGUGCCCACCAUCCAGGCGGAAGUGAACCUCAACUACAUCCGCGUCACACUCGCCAACUUCAGGCGGUACCACUUUCUCAAGAACCGCUUGCGCGCGCUCACGUGGCAUCAUCUGUGCGUCACCUACGGCGAGGGCGUUACGGUGUCCUACCUGGAUGGCGCCGAACAGGACCGACACCCUUACGAGCUGAACCAGAACAUCACCGGCAACCACGCCAAGGUGGGCGCUUGGGACAAGGCGAGCAGUUACAGCGGACAACUGUCCCAGGUAAACUUGUGGAGCCGGGCCCUCACCAAGCAGGAAGUGGCGGCCUUGGCCGAGUGUCGCCAGAGCUCGCAAGGAAACCUCAUAGCCUGGGAGGGGCCAUGGGAGACUUUAGGGAACGUGUCCUUAACCGAGGAACCAAUUGACAAGCUGUGCCAAGAAGCUUCGGGAACAGACUAUUUCGUUUUUACAGAUUUCACGGCUCCCGCCGCCUUUCAGGUGUGCGAGGGACUGGGCGGCUACGUGCCCACGCCGGAGUCUCGCGGGGAAUACGAGACUAUCGUGCAGGCGGUAGACAAGUACCUCAAGAACAAUGGAAGACAGUGCAAACCUUUCUGGGCUGGCAUCACUGACAAUCAGGAGGAGGGAGUGUGGACCCUAGUGAAGCAUAUGUCCAAGCUAGAGCCGCCUUGGGCCGUGGACGAGCCGGACGGCAGCAACUUAGAGAACUGUGCUGUGGUGGAGGGUCCCCUCAAGAUGGCGGACGCCCGCUGCGACGAGCAGCAGUGCGUAGUGUGCGCCGUGCCUCGCCGCCCUGUGUGGAAGUUGCUAGGUGCGUGUGAAAGGUACCACCGCAACACUCAUUUCGUGGCGCUUCAGGAUCCCAACGAAGGCUUCCUGUUCCGCGGCUACUCUGACUACCGCAUUGUGCGAGAGGGAAGUGAUUGGCUGUGGUGGGACUGGCGCAACAAGCAGACGGUGGCCACGCUGUCCAGCGGCGUCAACGGUGUGCCCAUCGGACGCCAGGACUGGAGGCUCACAAGACCCAUGUGUGGCCAGUCGGAAGGGGAGACGCGCCGCCUCCUGCUGACGCCCUGCCCGGCAGAUUUCUUCUCCUGUGACGACGCGUCCUGCAUACGCCUGUACCAGCGGUGCGACCUCAAGUUCGACUGCCGUGACAAGAGUGACGAGAGUGGCUGUCAGCUGGUGCGGUUUCCUCCCAUCUACCGGCUUGACCUGCCCCCGGUGGUCAACAACCGGAACAACGAGUCGUCGCCGUUGCCCGUCACGGUGCAUGUCAUCAUCGAGAGUGCCGACGUGGACACGCCUUCUAUGCACAUGCACGUCAACCUCAACGUGAGCAUGACGUGGCAAGAAGCGAGACUCGACUUUCUCAACCUCAAUGAAGACUACACGCUCAACAGAGUGCCGUACGAGACCAUGCGUAAGGUGUGGGUGCCAGUAAUCGACUUCACCAACACCAAGGGUAUCCACAUCACGCAGACGGACAGCCAAGCCACUAUGGUUGUCAGCAUGCACGGCAAACCCAAACUGGGCGACGACACCAGCCCGGAGGAGUUGGAAGUGUACCCAGGGCCAGAGAACCCAAUGAGUGUAAGACGGAAGUACAGCAUAACAUUCCAGUGCCAGUUUCACCUCAAGAUGUACCCCUUCGAUGAGCAGUUCUGCCCUGAGCUCACCAUGCUAUCCGCCUCGUCCCGCCUAUUGGUAUUUGACGAGGUGGGUACAGCUGCUAUCUUCGAGGGCAACCCGCAGCUCGUGGAGUACUUCGUGGGGGACGUGGAUAUUGACUUUCACAACGAUCGGGACUUCGCCGUCAUGAUCGUUAAGUUGCAGCUGCUGCGACGUUCGGGCUUCAUCAUCAUGAACGUGUACAUCCCGUCGUUGCUGCUGCUCGUCAUCAGUUACCUCACGCUCUACUUCACGCCCACCAACUUCCAGGUGCGCGUGCUGGCCUCCCUUACCUCUCUGCUCGUCAUGGCCACGCUCUUCACACAGGUAAGGACUCGCGUCAUCGUCCUCCCAAAAACCUCUUACUUCAAAAUGGUCGACGUGUGGCUGCUGUCGAGUAUCUUCUUCAUCUUCAUCAUCAUCGUCCUGCACACUAUAAUAGAUCGCGUGAGGGAAUGGGAGCCCGCUACCCAGCUCAACGCCUCCAGCGCCCCUCCGAUGAAACUUGCGGAAACCACGCCCGCCUCCUCGGAGAAAUCCUCCAGUUCCAACACCGUCCACCCAACGACUGAGACGGGAGAGGCCACAGGCCCGCCAGACGUGGAGGAGCCCAGCCAGCGGUGGUGGGAUUCCAUGGACCUAUGCAUGCGGGAGGCGGUGGCCUGGAUCCCCUCGGUAGGGCGGCGCCAGCAGCGGCAGAGACGGUGCUUUGAGAAGAUCAUCCUGUGGGCGCGAGUGCUGGUGUUAUUCCUCCUAGUGAUGUUCAACAUCUUGUACUGGACCCUGGUGCUCGCCUAGUUGGGGCCUGAGUCGCCUCGUCGCCGUGACAGCACAUCAUUAGUAUUCCAAUUUCCAAUCACCUGCAUCCCUGUUUGGUGCACGAUGCCACACACCAGGCAAGGACGGUGCCUGACGUUUGUGUCCGCUAGAGACUCACUAUUGUUAUCAUAAGCAACGUCCUGUUUUUUUUUUUUUCCGCUCUCUGCCUGUCUGAGGGAAUCCCAGCCAGUCCGGCCGUACACCUCAGCGGGGGCAACGCGUCCCGUUGGCGGAGGGAGUCACGAUGCAUCAUCCUGAAACACAUUCGGCCGCUGCCUAGUCACAGUUCCGUAGCCGCUGUAUAUAUCCCGCUUUAGUUUUGUAGCUGCAGUAAUUAUCCUGUUAUAGAUAUUAAUCACACGUUACUGGACACAGCUGAGUCUUGUGGCUGCCCACUAAGGGACGCCCUUCCCUUCCCGUGACCGUUGAGGCUAGUCAGGGCGCCGCGUCCCGUCAGAGUACAACCAUUACUCAGAAUAUAUAUUAUUUCUACAUAUCACAUUUCAUAAAACUAAACCCUGAUCGGCUUCAGAAAUAAUUAUUUUAAUACUGCUGAUGACUGAUUGGGACACAUUGAAAAAAUAAUCCAUAACCUACGAAGAUCAUUGGAGUCUUUUAAGGGAAUAAAAAGGGGCACAUUAGUGGAUAUAUAACCCUCGCUGACGAUGGAGCGGCGAGGCUUGCGGCGGGGACACCCAUAUCCUACACCUACAUCCACGACCAUUCUUCCUUCCUCUUUAUUGAAAACUGAAAUUUGAUAUCAAUCCGUAGCAGAGAUGGGGAAGUGUGAGGGAGGAGGUGAGACGCAUGGUGUUGUGCCGGCUAGCGCUAUGGGUGCGAGUGUACUUCUCAAGGUCGCAGAUCAACAUGGACCGCAGUGCUCCUCUCCCAGUGGAUUAUACCAGUUCAUUAGGAACAUAGUGUAACAUGAACCAAAGAAUAGACACACCAUCAGCACGAACACUUGUCAUCCACACUUAGACAACAAAGGAAGCAGACAAGCAGCAAGUCAUGUACAGGAUCAAGAACAUUGUGACCACUUACCAAAAAGAAAAACAAAAGAUAACUAUAUAAACAUCAACACAAAAGCUACUUGGUGCGUCGCUUGUUAAUAGAGCACAGCAUCAGUCUGUACGAGGGACUAACACCACCACCAUCACUACCACAGCAUCAUUGUACACACCAGCGUAACACACCACAGUAAAGGACGUCACAGCACACCACACCAAAUAAUAACUCACCUCAAGAACACACACACACACACACACACACACACACACUUUUUGCUCUCCAUACUCUUCAUAUACUGUACUUUAUUUGACACACUUUUUGCUUCUAAUACGCAAAAAAGUUAUGAUUCUUCACUGUAUCUGACACUUUUUCAUAUAUUUCAGGUGUAAUCAAACCACCUAAAUUACGCAUAUGACACCGUCUUUUUUUUUCUCUCGCCUUCCACCAAUGCAUGAGACAUCGUAGUAGAACCUGUGAUCCACUGAACGUUUUCACAGUCUUUAGUGGAAGUCGGUGAAAUUUCUAAGGAUUCCAGUGAUGGUUUAACGAGGCUUGCCGUUUCUUCAAAGUGAUAAAAACAGAACCUGACUCAUCAUCCUAAGAAAAGUUUACGAAUAUAGGUUUGCAUCUUGUAUAAUGCACGUGGGUAGGAAUAGUAUAUAGUACAUCGUGUCCGCGUCCAUUGGCUAACGGCUGAAACACGAGACCCUGUAACAAUUAAUAGGACUGACUUAUCAAGCGUUUCUCAGUCUUAUCUCCUCUACUCUCAACAGGACCCGGUGCAAGUCACUGGGUUUUAUUUUCAAUAUUGUUUACAGAAUGUAAGAGACAGCUUGAUUUUGCACCAUUUGUGAGAAAAAUACCCAUGAUGGUUGAAUAUUUGCGUGGCCUUUAGAAAUAGUCUUGAUGAAAGAACAAGGCGUUUUAGAUUGCCGGCUAAAAAUCAUGUCCUCCAUUUCCAUACAUCCUCUACCUUGCUCUCUCCACUGAGACAAUAAUAAUAAUAAUGAUAAUAAUAAUAAUAAUAAUAAUAAUAAUAAUAAUAAUAAUAAUAAUAAUAGCAAUGAUAAUAAUAAUGAUAAUAAUAGUAAUAAUGAUGAUACUAUCUUUAGGCUAAGGUGCACUUGCCUUACCCAUCCUAGGGCCAAGCAAGGUCCGGGAAUCCGUUCAACACAAAAUUUGUUCCUUAUGUUUGUCAUGACAGCGAUUCUGAGUUGUGGCAGCGGUGCAGUGUGAGCGAAAGGGACAUGGGCGGCAGGGAACGAGAGGAUAUCCGCUUCCUACGAGAAUCAAGUGUUGAUUGUAAAACACAUUAUCAUAACAAAAAAUUUCAACAAAUCGAUGUAGUUUUUGAAGUUUCGAUGUGUUACAAUAAAUGGCGGAGCGAACACUGUGUCGCCUGCAUGUUUUUUUAAUCAAUUUGACGGCCAUUGUUAGGGAUGAAAGGAGUCACCCUGUUUUGUGCGUAAAAGGCGAAGAAAAAAAAAAUCAAUUAAUUUUGA